AUGACGGUGGUUAUGAUAUGGUGAUGAUGGCGAAGAUGACGGUGGUUAUGAUGAUGGUGAUGAUGGUGAAGAUGACGAUGGUUAUGAUGAUGGUGAUGAUGGUGAAGAUGACGGUGGUUAUGAUGGUGGUGAUGAUGGUGAUGAUGACGGUAGUUAUGAUGAUGGGGAUGUAGUGGUGAUGACGGUUGUUAUGAUGAUGAUGAUGAUGGUGGUGAUGACGGUGGUUAUGAUGAUGGUGAUGAUGGUGAAGAUGACGGUGGAUAUGAUGAUGGUGAUGAUGGUGAUGAUGAUGAUGGUGAUGAUGAUGGUUAUAAUGGUGGUAGUGAUCAUGGUAUUGAUGACGGUGGUUAUGAUGAUGGUGAUGAUGAUGGUGAUGAUGAUGAUGGUUAUAAUGAUGGUAGUGAUGGUGGUAAUGAUUUAAAUGAUGAUGGUGAUGGUGAUGAUGACGGUGGUUAUGAUGAUGGUGAUGAUGAUGGUGAUGAUGAUGAUGGUUAUAAUGAUGGUAGUGAUGGUGGUAAUGAUGAUGGUGAUGAUGACGGUGGUUAUGAUGAUGGUGAUGAUGAUGGUUAUAAUGAUGGUAGUGAUGGUGGUAAUGAUGGUGGUGAUGACGGUGGUGGUGACGGUGGUGAUGAUGAUAGUUAUGAUGAUGGUUAUAAUGAAGGUGAUAGUGAUGAUGGUAUUGAUGACGGUGGUUAUGAUGAUGUGAUGAUGAUGGUGAUGAUGGUUAUAAUGAUGGUAGUGAUGGUGGUAAUGAUGAUGGUGAUGGUGAUGAUGACGGUGGUGAUGAUGAUGGUGAUGGUGAUGAUGGUUAUAAUGAUAUGAUGGUGGUAGUGAUGAUGGUGAUGGUAGUGACAGUGAUUUUAAUAUAUGGAACAAAAAAUGGGGAACAUAAAAUAUAGUUUUUUAAAAUAAAACAUCGUAUACCUAAAUCCCGUGUCAUUAUAUAAAAGUUGUUCCCUUUUCUUUAUCUGAUCAUGCAACACCUUUGAGAUAGGAAAUCCAUUCCUACACAAAUCAAUAGCAGGUUGAAUCAAAUCGUUCCAGGGUAGCUGACCAUGUUCUUGCCAAGCUCUAUACAUGACGUUUACUUCUCCUGGAACUCCCACUGCUAACGCUCCUAUGUAGUAAGAAAAUUUGGAAAACAUGGGUACAGCUGGAAAAUUAUGUCAGUUUGCAACAACGUCAACAAUGUUUUCUUUUGUACCAUAUAUGGAAACUCGGAAAGAAUGACUGACUUGUCAACGCCUUUCAAUUUUUUGCUCCGGUAUUUGAGUGUCGAUAUUAAAGGCGUUUAACUGUACCUUGCUUAGAUGCUCGAGUAUUAUUAACAAACAUAUCUCUUGUGGCUUUAGCUGGUGCUUUUUCUCGUCCGUUAUAGAACCACGCUUUGCCAAGCUUCUUUACAUAUACCACCAUAAAUAAUCCGCCUCCUAUUCCAGAUGAAUGUAUAUUUGUUGUUCCUUGACAGAAUAAUGUUGCAACAGCAGAAUCGACUGCCGUUCCGCCUUUCUUUAGUAUCUUCACGCCAAUAUCGGAACACAUUCCUACAUCUGCUGCUACUGCGGCCGUACUAAAGUAGGUAGCAUCUGUUUCGUCGUUCGGCUCUGAACGAGUGAUAAUGAGUGUUACACAUAUUAGAGUUAGUAAUAAUAGGGUUGUGAUAGUCAGGAUUGGUAGAAGAACCUGUCUUUUUAAAAGUGUUUCAACCAUUCUCCCCAGCCUCCUGUAUUAAAGAAAAGAUAAAAAAUAUGGUCAAUUCUUUGCAUCACCCAACACCUUUCAAGCAGCACUAAAUUUUGAUCUAACGGCAAGAAGAACAAAAUCCAUCACCACAUGCAGCUAGAAAGAGCAUGUUAAAAUUAGUAAAAUUGCAAAGUUUCGUUGCGAAAUGUUGUAAAAUGAGGAAAAUAUAGUAUCCCUACGAAUUUUGUAUUCAUUUGUAUUACGCACGGGAAUUUGCACCACUUUCGGCCGAAAUGUGGUACAUUUUCCCGUGCGUAAAUUCCGUAAUACAAAUUAAUACAAAAUUUUCAAAUUUCGCAGGGCUAUAUUUUCCGCAUUUUAUAACAUUUCGCGGCCAAACUUUGUAAUUUUGCUAAUUGUAACAUGCUCUUUCUAGCUGUGGUGAUGGAUUUUGUUCUUCUUGCCUAGAUCAAAAUUUAAUCUUUUGCUGUAAUUGCCCAUUGGAAGUUGUGGUUUAAUUUUCUUGUUCCUACAAGGACUACAAGUGUCGAGAGUUUGAAUUAUAAAGUUGAUGACCAGCUGCUAAUUUUGAAUUCCUAAACAUUAUGUAAUGUGUAAGAGCGUUAGCUAAACAUGACUCAGGACUUUGCUUGGCAGUCUUGGCAAAUAUUAUCGUCAAGUCCUAGAGUUCUAGUAUAGAAAUCUGUCUUUCAUAUCUCUGAUAUCUUUAAAAUAUAUACGCUUCAAAAUAAGUAAUUUGAUCCUUAAUAUAGACGCAAAAUAUGCUAAAUAGUUUGCGCGCGCUCUAAAAAAUAUUGCGCGAACAAUUGUCAGUUACAUUAACAUACCUGAAAUUAUGAUAGACCAGAGGUCGUUCUGAACGAAAAAACUGAUCUUUUUUAUGCCACGCUUGUGCUGAAUUAGCCGCGCUUACUCGCGUUUAAUUGAUUUGGCGCUGAGUUGAAAUAUCUUCACCGUACGAUAGAAAUUCAACACCGUGUUUAGCUGGAGGUGAGAACAGUACAAGUCAUUUUGGAAACGUAAAACAUCCUUUUCAAUGUCGAGGCUUGUGGCAUAUUGACUGAGUACCACAUUCAGAUAUCUCUAGAGGUGAGUAGAAUUCACGUGAUCAGUACAUUAAUUGCCCGUAAUAGUGAAUUGAUUUGAGUUAAAUAAAGCAUAAUAUGUCUUCGAAAUUUACGUAAGCGUUGUUAUGUUUGUAUAAUAGUAAUUCUCUGUAAUUGUAACCGCAUCAUUGUUUUGGAAUUAUAUAUACAGUUUACUAAUGUCUUAGCUAAUGUACAGGCCUCGUUCCCGCUCAAAAAUUAUAUUCAAUUUAUACAAUCACAGAAACAAGACCAAGUUCUAAGGCUUAUUAAAAUCCACAUAAAAGAAUAUUUAAAUGCCAGCCUCUGUAUUAUGAAAGUGGUCUACGGUAGUACGUGAACUAUUCAACAUGUUUAUCAUUCAUCUGGCCACAUAAAUGUGUAAACAUUUCAGUAUCAUGCAUUCGAUGUUUUGUAUUUCUAAGUUACUUUCCGUAUUUAUUUAUUAUAUAUUGUUACAUCGAAUGAUUUACUGUGUAACCAAGCCUUAUUAUCUGAAUGAUUAUUCGUUUGACAGUCUUUUGGCACUGGCAAUGAUUCUGAGAACAAAUCAUGCCUGAUUCCAUAUUUCUACACAUACACAGAUCAUCUGUCAAGACAAACUGUGUAGAGAGAUAGUUCGUCCUAUUGGACCCGUCUGCACAUACGCUUGCGGUGUAUGUGUGUGUGUGGGGGGGGGGGCCAACGACGGAAAAUUCAUAGUCUAUUAUUUUCUGAAGUCGUCUCCAUCUUGUUCAGUUAGGUGCAUUAUUCAGUUAGGUGCUUCCAUAGCAAAGAUAUAUUGUUGUUUUUUUUCAGCAACUUUGAACAACAGGAUUCAUUUGGAUGGCAAAAUGAGUGAGCUAAGUGAAACAGAUGGCGCAACAGACAUUUCUCAAUCGAGCAGAGAAGACUCGGGAAUACCCACAUCCUUUGGUGGCAGUGUAGCGAAUGAAGAGAGCCUGAACCAAGAUGAUUCUCAGGCCAGCUGCUCUGAUGUGCUGGCGGAGUUAUUUCAAAGCCACAAGAGACUGAGAGAAACGGAGACGCAAGUUAGAUCUUUGAGUUUGAUUUUGGAACAUGGCAAUGGCGACGAUGCAAGCUCACGAAUCGAUCAAGUCGUUUUUGAAGAAAAUAAAUCCUCCCUUGAAGAAGAAAUAAUGAAAAUAAAACAGGAAAUUUGUGAUAAAGAAUUGGUUUUACAGCAGAGAGAUACGAAAUUAUUUGAAUACUAUUUAGGAUCUAUUAAGGAUGAGACAAACAGCAAGUUUCCCGCAAAGCUUUCUCAGAAUGAAGGAAGUAUAAAUUCUAUUAAAGGCAUUGACAACAGCACGUUAACAUGGUUAAACGUCUGUCAGAAUGAAGGAGUUAAGAAUCUCAAUGGAAGGGAAUAUUUACCAGAUAACGUAGAGAUAGAAACAUCUGAAUAUGGAUUGGAAGGCAAGAACAAAAGUUGGGACGAUUAUCAGUAUUUUGAGAGCAGUUCUGACAAAGAGCAUGAAAUCGCAAAGCUGCGCCGAGCUCUGGCGGAGACAAAACAGAAACACAAAGAAGAGCGAGACGAGAUUAUGAAACAGUUGAAAGCUUUGCAAAUCACAACUGUACAUGGCGAAACCAACUGGAGAUGUGUUCUGAAAGAAAAACAACUAAAGAUUGACGAGCUAACUAGAAAGAACUCUGAACUUCAAACUAAACAUGCUGAAGUUAGUUCACGUUCAAAAAAUUGUGAAAAGUUAAGAGAAAAAGAAAGAAAGGAGAGUGACAGAAGAAAGAGAAAAGAUGAUAUGAUUAUUUUGUCGUUAAGGACGCAAAAUGAAGAGAUGAAACAAUUAUUAAGUGAAGUUGAUGAAUUGAGGAAUAUAAAACAAGAGUUGAAUGUAAAUUCGAAGCAGUUAGCUGAAAGAAAUAAAGAGCUACAAAAAGAUUUGUGUGAUAAAAAUCAAACGUUGGAUGAGAAGAAUAGAAUAGUUGAGGAAUACUCAAAAGAGAUUAAAGAAACAAAUAUUCUCGUCAAUCAACUUGUAAUGGAUGUAAAUUCUCUGAAUACUGAUAAAGAGAAUUUGAACAAACAAAUUGAAGUAAUCAAAACAGAGAAUAUAAAAAACUUAGAACAGAUUAAGAACAAUAUCUUAGAGGAAGAACAAUUAAAUUUGGAAGUGUUAGACAAUACAUAUUUUGUUCAUGUUGAUACACAAACUGAAGAGAAUGCAUAUCAAUUAAACGACGAGUUACAAAGGGUGAAAGCAGAGCUGGAAUUGAAGCAAGGAGAAAAUGUACAUUUAGCUGAACAACUUCAAAAGCAAGAAAGUUUUCUUGAGGGUUUGAAAGAAAAUGAGGUCAAGCUUGAAAAGCAAUUUGAGAUAUGGAAAAAUAAAUCACUUCAAAAGGAAAGGUAAGGAAACACUGGUUGAUAAACAGGAGAUGCUGAUCAACUAAACUGCUACAAGUCGACUCGUACGUAUAAUUUAGCUGCGAGGUUUCUCGCAAAGCAAGACAAGCAGUGGCGGCGCCAGGGGGGGGGCAAGGGGGGGGGGAGGCAAAUGCCCCCCCCCCUAUUUAUUUUGCCCAAAAAUAUGUGAAUCACUGAGAGCGACUAAAGGCUACACAAGCGUUUUGUCGUUAUCGGAAAAUGUAUGGCUUAUAAGUUUUCAUUACUCAUUAGUGAAUGCGCGUAUACAUGAAACUGUCUUUUACAGUUUCAAUAUUAGUUUGUAAAUCUCUGACGGUAAAACUUUCCAAUACUCCAAUAAUACGUUUCAAAAAAGAUAAAAAAGCUUUAGUUUUGCAAAGUUAAAUUCUCAAAUGUGUAAAGGCCCGCACAAACCGGACGCGAUUCGGCAACGCGACGCGAAUUUUCAGUUUUCAAAAACAAAUAAAACCGUCGAAGGAUAAAAAUUUUACAAGGUAUGCAGACCAAAUAGCUAAAAUUGCUAAAUGGUCCCAAAUAUUUGAAAAAACAAUGAAAAAUAUUAAAGCUAAAUGUCAUUGAAAACUGAAAAUUCGCGUCGCGUUGCCAAAUAGCGUCCGUUCUGUAUGGGCCUUAAUUAAGGCACUAAUAAGAUGAAAGUAUCACGAAAUUAUUUGAAUAAACCACAUCGCAUAUAUGGGGGGCGAAUAUCCUAAAGGGGGGCGAUAUUCCUGGGGCAUUCGCCCCUCUGGGGAGGGGCAAUAUUCCUAGGAUAUUCGUCCCCCCGGGGGCGGUAUUUUUAGGAAUAUCGCCCCCUUUUGAGAGAGGGGCAAAUCUCCUAGGGGGGGGGUUUGCCCCUCAAAUGCCCCCCGAAAUUCUGAGGCCUGGCGCCGCCACUGAAGACAAGUUUUCAAACAUCAUUAAUAAUUCAUAAGCUUAUUGGCAAAUCAUGUCAACCAUAAUAUGUCACGUGCAGAGUGGCUUUAAACCUGAUAACACACUCCUAAUUAGUAUUCUUUAUGUACUAUUUAAAGCACGCGUAGGAGUGUUUUAUCAGAUAUAAAACGCGAGACGCAGCCGAGCGUUUUAUAUCUGAUAAAACACGGCUACAAGUGCUUUAAAUGGCUUAAAAACGACUCAUCUUAUAUGAGUUCAUUGGCGAAGUAAUUUUUAAAAUAAACUUUGUCUAAACCGAGAAAAUCAAAGCCAAAGUUUAUGUAAAUUAACAUGAUUUUUUAUCACAUAUAGGGUAUCCCAAAAAAACCGCAAAACAUUUGAAUAAACGUAUUGUUAAAAUUUGAAUGCCCUAGCACUAAGCUGAAUGCAAAGAUGCGUAAAAUAUUGACAGGAUGCAUAUACUAAAUAUUGACUUAUUAAGAAAUUAAAAUAUCUUUGUAAAGCGCACGAUUUUCUGCUCUUGGGAAUUUAAAACAGCUUCUUAAACGGUUUCUUUAUGCAUAAAAUAUACUUACGUCAAGCUUUGAUGUACGUGUGGGUUCAGCAGAGUGCGGAGGCAUUCAAAUUCUAACAAUACAUUUAUUUCAACAUAUAGUUUUCGUUUUUUUUGGGACACCCUGUAUAAAGAUACGACACGCUUAUGAUUUUUCUUUGUGUUUUCUCCUGAAUUAUUAAUGAGUUUUUAAAAUUAUUUUAAAAAACUCAUUAAUAAUUCAGGAGCAAAACACAAAGAAAAAUCAUAAGCGUGUCGUAUCUUUACAUGUGAUAAAAAAUCAUGUUAAUUUACUCAAACUUUAGCCUUGAUUUUCUCGGUUUAGACAAAGUUUAUUUUAAGCUAAUUUACUCAUCAGAAGAUGUGUCGUUUUUUAAGCCAUUUAAAGCACUUGUAGUCGUGUUUUAUCAGAUAUAAAACGCUCGGCUGCGCCUCGCGUUUUAUAUCUGAUAAAACACUCCCAUACGCGUGCUUUAAAUAGUACUUCAUACAUUGCGUUACAGUGCGAAUCGACUUGUAGCAAAACUAGUGAUCAACCAGUCGUUAUCAGAGUGAGACAAUAAUUCUUUUGAUUAAUGAUAAUGAUUUAUUUAAAGUCGAAAAACGCAGGAAGUUGUCCCCCAAUCUUCCGAGCCAGAGGCUCAUGUUAAAAGUGCUCGACAUUAACUAUAUUACAACUAUAUAUAUAUAUAUAUAUAUAUAUAUAUAUAUAUAUAUAUAUAUAUAUAUAUAUAUAUAUAUAUAUAUAUAUAUAUAUAUAUAUAUAUAUAUAUAUAUAUAUAUACAAAAACAGUAGGAUCUAUUAGAAUUAUUAAUAGAUAGCUACAAUAUAAGAGUAGUUCAAAAUUAUGUAUAGUUUAAGAUAGACAUCUAUUACAAAUGCAAUGAUCUUGUUUCUUGCACUUCACUUGGUGGAAUUAAUAUUAGAAUGCUGUUUUUAGGGUUAGUAAUCCAAGUGAGUAUAUAUACACUUUAAAACCUGACCAGGAACGACUGCGAAAAAUGCAGCACAAUUGGUCCUCUGGUAAGAAUUGGACCUACUGCUCUGCGAUUCCGGUGCAGCGCUCUAACCAACUGAGCUACAGAGGUUCUACAAGUUCAUGUAUCUAUAGGUGAUCGGAUAUGCGGAUUGUGAUAAGGUGGAGUUCAAUGAUCUUGUUUCUUGCACUUUCCUAAAAACAGCAUUCUAAUAUUACGAAAGCAGCCUUUCUGCAUGAAUGUCCUCUAGCAUCAAGCUUUUUAACAUUGCCUUAAAAUACCUGACUGUUGUUGCACAUUUAAUGUUUUGUGGGAGUUUAUUCCACACAUAACUGAUUAUACUCUUGAGUGCAUAUCCACACUGGGCAGGCUUGAUAAAUAUGUGAAAUAUCACACACUCGAACCGAUCUGACCGCGUAGCUCAAUUGGCAGAGCAUUGGGCUAGUAUUCCAAAGGUCGUAGGUUCGAUUCCCACCGUGGCCAGGCAUAUUUUUCAAGCCUGCCCGGUGUGGAUAUACACUCAGAGUAACAUCACAAGCAUCUUAUUUACCUGAGUACAUUACACCAAUACAGAAAGUCUAAUAUAAAUUGUUAUAAUGCGUUUAGUAAUCUUGUAUUUGCGUAACUGUAACUUACCAAUACGUGUAGAAAAUGGCUGAUCAUCGGCAAACUUUCAUCUCGAUUACUUUCAUCUUCAGAACAAUCCAGGAACUCACAUUUUCUCUUGGAAAAGCGUCGUGCGAGAGACAAAUUGAAAAGUAUGAAGAAAUACAAACUGAAACCAAAGGAGAAUUUGCUGAUUUCUUAAUAGGAAUACUUCUAGAAAUUAAGUACGUUUUAGCAUUCUUUUUCGUAUACUUUUAGCAUACUUACAUCUGCCUUGAAAUAAUGAGAAUUGUUGAACUAUGCCGUACGUUAUUUAGAGAGGAAAUGAAUGGCGUUGAAGAAGAUUUCCGCAAACACAAAGACAAUGUCUGUUCACUUCAGAAAACAUGGAGGUUAAAGAUAUUUUUGUGAUUUUAAAAAAUCCUGUGGCAUGUAUUCUACUGUCUUAUCGUAGGUGGUCAUAGUGAUAAUAGAUUUGACUUCCAUUACCUGACUUAGUCUGCAAUUCGUAGAAUGGAAAAAAGUCAUAGGUAUAAAUGGAAGUUCUAUGGACCUUUAUUGGAAAUAGAAUGGAUUUUGAUUAUCCAUAAUAAUUGUAUAUUUUCAUACUAUGGAUAUAGUAUCGAAAUAGUAUGGAUAUACUAGUAUGGAUUUCACAUUUUUUCCCAGUGAAAUCGGAUAUAUGAAACGCAUCUGAUUGGCUGAUAUUCCAUUAAUGGUAGUGGAAAUGAAGUGUGAACCUCUCCAAUGAGAUUUGAGUGUCAAUGUUAUUACUCCGUACACUAGAAUAAGCUAAGUAGUAAUUUAAAUUGGUUAAACAGAGCAUUGGGCUAGUAUUCCAAAGGUCGUAGGUUCGAUUCCCACCGUGGUCAGGCAUAUUUUUCAAGCCUGCCCGGUGUGGAUAUACACUCAGAGUAACAUCAGAAGCAUCUUAUUCACCUGAGUACAUUACACCAACACAGCAAAUAUCAUAAACAACAAUUUGUUUCCUUUUUUAGAAAGUUCAAAAACUCAUUUGCGGAGAUGAAGGAAGUCGCUUAG